AGCCACCCACCACCAAUGAGGAGCCGCGACGCUCGCUCAGCUCACCGCCCGCCCGCCCGUGUGCGUGCGAGCAAAAUGCAAAGUGGGUCCUCGAGAUGAAGUUGUGCCCUUGACUUGACUCUCACAACUGACCCUCGCCCUCAUCCUCUCGCAUCACUCGCGCCACUCGCCAUGCCUGGCGCCCGGCCACAGCCACACUCAGCGAUCCCUCGCCCUCACCCCUCGAUAGCCUGGCCAGACCCACCUCCUCGCCCAGCAUCUCCGCCGCCGCAGAGCGCACGACUUGACUCUUUGCCUCUCCCAUCAUCAUCAUUACCAUCACACCCUCAUCCGCCCGUCGCACCACGCUCAAUGCUCCCCCCGCCGCACGGCAGCCUACCUUCCAAGCCUACUGUCAAGAAGGGCGUACUAGCAUCAGCUCCCCGCGCUCGCCAUCUCAUCGGCUUCAGCGAAGGACUGCGCAGCGUUCCGGCGCCUAAAGACGUGCAAGAGAUGCUGGCUGAGCGUAGGAGAGAGGAUGGAGACGAGGAGCCAGCAGCCACAUACCCGCCACCACCGCCCGCACCCACCCCACGCUUCUUACCUCUACGCCGAGAAUCGAGCAUCGCCGAGGAGUGGGAUAAUGCCACUUCUACCUCUUCUACCCCUUCUGUGACCAACUUCUCCGCUCGAGGAGCUACGGCCGAAUGGAUCAACAAGCUCGGCGAGGCGGAUGUAGCUGCUCACCCUGACGACUGGGCGGGCAGUGCUGCAUCUUACCACGAGGACGACGAAGACGAGCAGCAAGAGCAUCUCGAACUCGGUGCAGAAGCACGCUGCGUCGCAGAGGCGAGCCCUUCAGCCGCAGAGGUCGCCGAAAUGCGAGACAUCCAGCCGCGUUUGGAGGCUAAGAGGAAUGCCAGGAAGGCGAAGCAGAAAGAGGCAAAGAUGAGGAAGAGAAGAGAGAGGGAAGCGCAGGUGGCUGCGCAGCCACAGGAGGCCGUUUAUGGUGCGGGAACCAACGGAGUAACAACAGCAGCUUGGAAUGAAGCACCGCGCACGAGCGCCGGCCCUGAUGCAAAGGAAGCAGCUUCAAUUCCUUUCCCAAGCCUGCAGGUUGCGCAAUCUUACCAGCAACAGCCUGUUCAGUCGGUCGCACACGCAGCAUCAGCGUGGGACGAUCCAGCUGGCCUGCUCGACCCCGAGCCUACUGCGUCGCUCAGUACCAUCCAGCGCACAUCUCCAGCGGAUCAGGCACAAGCUCCUCCCCAAGACUCCUCAAGGAAUGGCGCAUGGGAUGAAUCCCUCACUCCCGUCGCCCCAUCAGCAGCUCCUCGUCACCCUGCUUCAGGGCGACACCAGCGAGGCACCUUCUACAAAGGACAGAGAAGCGGUCGCAACUAUGCUCGAGCAGCCGCUUCGCGCGGGACUCCUUUCACAGAGCUGAUCGGGCCCCCGUCCAUGCAGCUGGAUCUGGAUGCCUGGGAUAGUGCCUACGAUGCGCCGGUGAAGGGAGCCUCGAUGAAGGCGGCGAAGCAGCCAGCAGGAGCAGAUGGUAUUGAGGCGGAGGGGAGUGCCAAAACACAGGGCAAGAAGAAGGGCUGGAAGAGCGCCAAAGGAAAGGAGCGCGCUCUGACCACCACCGUUACUGCUCAGAGGAAUGGAAAUGCAGGAUCAGUCGGGUGCCGAAGGGAGACGAAGCAAGCCGAGCAGGAGGUUGGGUGGGAUUGAUGGGGAGACAUCAGCCCGUAGCGCUCUCACACAUUUGCCCUGAUGGGCUCCACGCACACAAGACCAACAGGCCACCAUACCCACCGCAUCAACGCACUCGCAUAUCGCCGCCAUCACCACCCACGUCAUCACUCAAUCAAUCACAUCGAU